UUCCAGCCUCGCUCGCCCCUCCACCCGGCUGUGAGCUUCAAGCUGCCUCUUCUUCCUCCUCCAAGCGCACGAUGGAUGACGCAAACAUCAGUGGGGAUGACCUAACACCUGCCAUUGGCGCCUCACUACUCGCAGGUUGUGAGAGGUGCCUUGUCUCGCCCCUCUCGCAUCCCUCCUCUACAUCCUGGUGGCCGCCUCCUCAUCAAGACCGUCAGCUCACUCCUUCGUGAUCUGGAUGUUGUCAUCCCCGAAGGCGAGGAUGUUCCUGGUCCCCACUUCAACCACGGCACACCCUGUACUACAACGACAAUUGGCAUUGGAGACUAUAGCUCAGGUGUCGUCCUCCCUUCCUGUGCCUCGUCUCCUCUACACCGAUGGCUCCGUUCAAGCCGAUGGACGGGCAGGGUGUGCAAUCUCCCCAGACACGGACGCUCCGCCUGGAGGCUGGAUAGGCCGACGUCUCCCAGAUUACUCCAGUUCCACCUUCUGCGAGCUCUACGGCAUCUUCGACGCAGUCAGCCUUCUGUGCCAGCGUGGACUCAGUGCGAUGGUUAUCUGUGACUCUAAGUCUGCCCUUCAGGCCCUUUCAAGUACUAACCCACGCUGCACUGAGAUUGUACGUCGUAUCUUGUCUUCUUUGGCCUUGAGUCGUCGUAGGGCUCUCAGUGUUAGCUUUGUGUGGAUUCCUUCUCACAUUAAUAUCUUCUGUAGUGACAGAGUUGACGGCCUUGCUAAGGCAGCCUGCACUUUGCCUUCUCUAGCGGCUGGCGUCAGGCCCUCCCUCUCGUGUGCCCUGACCUGCAUCAAAGCUGCUGCCCUCCGCUCCAUCGACCAAGCCCGGGACCGCCAGAGGGAAGAAAGUAUCACCAUCCGGCAUUACGACUCCUUUCGCCUCCACAAUUACAAGUAUCGUCGCAAAGGAGUCAUGGUCCGGCGGCAUAAUGUGGUGUCCGCCAGGCUCCGCCUCGGUUACAGGCCGGUGUGGGAGGUCGCUGGCCUGCCAGACGUACCUCACUUCUCUUCCUGCCCCAUGUGUGGUGCCCUCGACAGUAACACCUUGGAACACCAUUGUCUCCACUACCCUGAGGUCGAGGGUGUGCUGCCCAGAGGUGUUCCGCUUGUUGAGGUGUGUCGUCACCUCCUGAAGGGGGAUACCUUGGACGUCGUCCUCGCGCGGUUCCCGAAGUUUGGCGGAUGCUGAAGCUUCAUACUGUCACUGUUUUGUUUUCUUAUGUUUCCCUGUUUUUCACCUGCUUUAUUUUUGUACUUUGUAAAAUUUGUACUUUUCUAAGUUUUGUAAUGUUUCUUUGUAUUUCACUUUUGGUUUCUGUAAUCGUACUUAGUCUUUUUUCUAUUAUUGUAUUAUUGUUUUUUGUUACAAUUUGUACAUUUGUAAUUGUUUUGGUCUGACGCUUU